AGCCGUUUUGGCACUCUCGCUCUCCCGGCCGGCACCUCGUGGCGCGGCCCGACGGCAGGGCCGCGCCGGCGACGACCCACGGCCGGAGGCGGGCCGGCGAUGCCGCUGGCGGCCGCCGACCUCCCGGGCCCGGGCGCAGAGGCGGGCGCCGCGUGGAAGCUGCUCCUCGAGGACGCCUGCAGGGAGGCCCUGCGGGAGGUCGCGCGGGGCGUGGGCGCCGGCAGCGCCCUGGCCGUGGAGGACCUCGUGCGGCAGGUGGCCGGGCGGGCGGCGGAGACGGCCGCGGGCAGAGGCCUCGGGCUGCACCCGCUGGGCCGCCCCGGCGAGGCCCCGCCGGGCUGCCCCGGCGACGGCCGCCCGGCCCGGGUGGCCACGCCGCUGCUCCAGGACAUCGACGCCGUGCCCUGGGCGCUCUGGCGCGAGAGGCGCGAGGGCGCAGGCCCCCCGACCAGGCAGUGGUGCAGACUGGCGAGCGCCGGGGCCGGGACCGCCGACCUGUUGAAGGUCGACCCCGCCGAGGAGACCACGGCCUCGAUCGACUCCGUGGAGACCAGAGCCUCGUUCGUCUCCGCGCAGGCCUCGUCCGCGUCGUUGGACGCCGCGGAGGAUGAGGAUGAGGAGGAGGAGGAGGAGGAGGAGGAGGAGCAGCUGCAGUUCCACGUCCCCCCGCCGCCCGUGGUCGCAGGAGCCCUGCCUGCGUCGCUGCAGAGCCGCUCUCACAGCGCGCUGCUGCGCAGCGCCGGCAUUGGCGAGGACUGCGUGCUCGCUCGCGGCGGGCUCACCCUGCCAGCAUGCAGCGCAGACACGCUCGCGAUGGAAUGGCACCAGCGCCCUCGUACUGUGCUCAUCGUGGCCAAGCCUGGAGACCACAUCGUACGGGAGGCCUUGCGGGACAUGGUUGCGUGGCUGUCGUCAAACGGCAUUGUGGUCGUGCUGGAGCCUCGUGUGCUUGAAGAGCACCGCUGCCUGGAGGGCUCCGCAGGCUUGCUGCGGACAUUCUCCCCCGCGGACUGCCUUGAGCGGUCGAUCGACCUGGUGGUCACCAUCGGAGGCGACGGAACGCUCACCUGGGCCGUGUCCCUUUUCAAGGGCGCCAUGCCCCCCGUCUUGUCUUUCGCUGCCGGCUCCCUAGGCUUCUUGACGCCGUUCUCCUUGAAGGACUGGUCUGGCACGCUCAGGGAGCUGCUCGACUCGCGCAUGACAUCUCUUCCGCCGACGCUGGUCUGCCGCAUGCGGCUCUGGGUGAAUGUCUAUCGCCGGAACAUGGCAUGCGUGGACGAGUCUGUCCAGGUGCAGUGCCUCAACGAGGUGCUUGUGCACCGAGGCAGCUCGGGCGCGCUUGCAAAGCUCGACGUCAGCGUCGACGGCGAGCGCAUCACGCUGGUCCAGGGCGACGGGCUUAUCCUGGCCACGCCCACGGGCAGCACGGCCUACUCGCUCGCGGCGGGCGGCAGCAUGGUGCACCCGGCCGUUCCGGCCAUACUCCUCACGCCCGUCUCGCCGCAUUCGCUGUCCUUCCGCCCCGCGAUCCUGCCGGCGUCGUGCUCGAUCGCCGUGCGGGUCCCGCUCACCGCCCGCUGCCCCGCCGCUCUGAGCGUGGACGGCGUGGACAUCUGCCAGCUCGGCCUCGGCGACAGCGCCGAGGUGUCCGCCUCCCGGUACCCGGUGCCGACCAUCUGCCGAACGUCGGAGACCAGCGAUUGGUUCGGCACCGUCAACCAGGCGCUGCAGUGGAACGGGCGGACCGAGCAGAAGGGCUGAGGGGCCGUGCAGCGCCGCUCCCGACCGGGGAUCGCGGCGGGGGGAUGGCCCUCGUGCGCCUCUGCCUCGGGCCGCAGGCCAAGAUGGGGCUGCGAAGCGACCCUAUUUUCGGGCGACACCCUUUUUUUUGCCGGCUCUGCCGAAGGGUAAAGCCAGGCUGUGCCCCACGAAGCGCGGGGGUGGAGCCACGGCUCGAGUAUUAUGGAGUGGAGCUGACGAGGUUGUGGGUGGGCAUAAUCACCUACGCAGGUCUCCUCGCAAGCGGACGAUAAGGCCAUGCAGGCACAGAAAGACCUGCGAGGCGGAGCUGCAGCCAUUAAGUCGCUUGUUAUUUGCCUCACGAAGAAACUAGGAGUCCCGACGCCCGCCAUGUUCACCAUGCGCUCUGGUACUGUCCGCCUGGACGCCGAUUCCUCUAAGUUUUUCUCCAUGUCCUCAGGAUGGGGUUCUUGUUAUUAGUGUGACGCCUCCGCCUCCUC